CGGAAGUGGUUUCAGCUUCUUAGUACAGUGCUUUAACCCACUGCGCCACCAGGGAGGGCCAUUACGUUGUUUUAAAGAGCCUGUUGGGAAGAACAGCACAUCCACCAGAUGGAACGUGUAGCUGGGAUUGUUCCAUGUUGCACGUUAGCCGCUGCCGCCUCACUCCCUGGGCUGCCACUGAGUAGACGUUCUCUGUGGUUACCCAGCGUAAGGGCGAGAAGGGGGACUAGGGAGGGAAGUGCGUCUGGCUCCGCAGUCUUUUUACCUUUAGCAUGGAGAGACUCCCGGGCCUGUUCUGAAAACAUUCUACCUGCCGAUGACGAGCUUGCUUUUCAGGUUUCUGAGGUCCCCAGUAGAGGGACAGGUCACUAGAGGGAGGUAGAGUGUGACAGCAGUUGUGGUUCGCAGGAGAAGAUGAGGGCAAAAAGUCUCCGAUUCACAAAGGUAGGAUAAUGCUUUGUGAAUUACACUGUUGUUAAGUGUAAUCUUGGUAAGAAUUUAGGAAGCAGAGGGAAACUUGAAGGUAACUUGCAUGAGAACUCUAGAGAGCACUUCAGUUGACAUUUUGAUGCUUUCCUAGUCAUUAAAAUUUUAUUUUAACAUAUGCUGUUGUUUAUUGUGCUCAGCUACAGAAGAAAGGAGUGUAAUGAAAUUAAGUAAUUUAAAUUUACAUUCUUUCUGCCAAGUCAUAGUCGGGAAAUCUGCCGCAGCCCACACAGCUGUGCUACACAGCAGUUACCGGUGUCAGGUUGCCAGACAGGAUGUAUAUAGGACAUCGGUGAGAGCCGACUUCAGGGGAGCCGGGGACACGUUCGGGCGUGAGCACAUUGCGCAGGACACGCGUCUGUUCGUCCCCCUACUGGCACGCGCUCGUGCAGCUUCAGUGGGGAUCAAGUUGUCUCUCUUCCUUUCUAACAGCGGGGGCCACGUCUAUGUGGGCGUCGUGCUGUGGGCUGCUGAAUGAAGUCAUGGGAACCGGAGCCGUCAGGGGCCAGCAGUCAGGAUUUGCAGGAGGCACGGGGCCAUUCAGAUUCACACCAAACUCCGACUUUGCCACUUACCCGCCAGCGCCUACAGAAGGGCCCAAUAUAGUUUGCAAAGCCUGUGGACUUUCGUUUUCAGUCUUUAGGAAAAAGCACGUGUGCCGAGACUGCAAGAAAGGCUUCUGCUCUGUGUGCUCGGUCCCACAAGAAAACCUCCGCAGAUGCGCCACAUGCCACUUGCUGCAGGAGACAGCCUUUCAGCGCCCCCGGCUAAUGCGGCUAAAAGUGAAGGACCUGCGCCAGUAUCUUCUCCUUAGGGACAUACCGACCGACACGUGUCGGGAGAAGGCGGACUUGGUAGACCUGGUGCUGUGCCACCACGGGCUGGGCCCCGAGGACGACGGGGACACCAGCAGCCUGAGCUCCUCUAGGUCCCAGACAUCCAGCUUUUUCACACACUCCUUUUUUUCAAACUACACAGCGCCCGCAGCUACCAUGUCUUCGCUCCAGGGAGAGCUGGUGGGUGGAGGCCGCACCUUCGGAUCUGGAGCGCUGGCACAGGUACAAAGUGAGAUAGCUUCAGCAAACAUAGAAGAUGACGACGACGACGACGAUGAUGAUGACGAUGAUGAAAACUUAGAGGAUCAGGGGCCUGGCCUCUCUAAGAAGAGAGUAAGAGCUUCGCUGUCUGACCUGUCAAGUCUCGAAGAUGUGGAAGGGAUGAGCGUGCGCCAGCUGAAGGAAAUCCUGGCACGGAAUUUUGUCAACUAUUCUGGCUGUUGUGAAAAGUGGGAGCUGGUAGAGAAAGUAAACCGGUUAUACAAAGAGAAUGAAGAAAACCAAAAGUCAUAUGGUGAGCGGCUGCAGCUGCAGGACGAGGAGGACGACAGCCUCUGCCGCAUCUGCAUGGACGCGGUCAUCGACUGUGUGCUGCUCGAGUGCGGGCACAUGGUCGCCUGCACCAAGUGCGGCAAGCGCAUGAGUGAGUGCCCCAUCUGCCGCCAGUAUGUGGUGCGCGCUGUGCACGUGUUCAAGUCCUGAAGCAGUCGCCAAAAGCACCGCCCAGCUGGCACCCAGACAUGGCGGUGCACCAGGGCCAGAAGAGGACCACUCGGCGGCCUGAGCGGCUUUUUAAGAGUCCUUUCCACUACUAACUGGGGGCCGAGAGGUCCACCCAUGUUCCAGUAACUCGGGGCCACGCCACGCGCCCGUGCACCUCGGGGCCUCAGGCUCCACACACCGUGACCACUCGCUGCCAAAGCCAGGCUACUCGUGGCACCUGCUACCGCUCACGGGCGGAUGCGCUCCAUUCACCUACGUUUCCUUUGCCCUGUUUUUAACUUAAGCUACUUGGAGUUUGAAGCUUGUGUCUUUGGGAUUAGGUAGGUCAUUGUCCACAAGCGGCCGGCAUGGCACGUGCUGAAGUGGCCCCUCAAGGUUCACUUGACUCAGACGAGUGAGUUUCUGCUGUUGCUCUGUUUGGUGUCCCUGGGAACUGACCUGUUCAGCUGCCAGGGCCUUGGCCUGAACUCGUCCACGUCUGUUCACGCACAGCUUUCGCAGCAAGGGCUGCAUCGCACUGCUUUCACUACAGUACGUGUGUUAAAUUCUUUAUCAGCGUGUAACCAGUUUACACUGUUUUGUAUAGUGAAAGUGUAUUUUCAGUGCUACCUGCUGGCUGAUUUGAUCUUUAGGAAUAAAAUUAGAGUUAACUGCU